UUUCCUAUAAUUGUCACAGAGAAGUUAAAAAAAAAAAAAAAAGUAAAGGGAAGAAGAACGAUCGGGCGGCAAAUUCGCGAUCGUCUCGAUCCACCGUUGGAUCUCACGAUGUCACUCUCCGGCCUACACAACAAAUUCAAGCUUUUCGCGGCAAACCGUAGCUUGGAUAAAUCCGCCGCUUGUAAACCCUCAACGAGUCCGACGAAGAGCCCUGUAUUCAAUCUCCGGCGACGCAAAACCCUGCGGAUGUUGUUCGAAAAGAGCUCCGACUGUCGCAGACGCAAUCUCCGUCAGAUCCUCGAGGAAUCGCCGGAAUCGGAUUGUAAUUCCGGGAAAAAGAAGAGGGUAAACAAUCGUGCUAGGCGUAAAUUGAAAGAGCUGUUGGUCACAUCGCCAUCGCCGCCGUUCAAAGGUAGAGAAGAGAUAGACGACAGUGGAGAAGUGAGGAGCAGGAUUUCGCCGUUAAACGUCGGCUCCGUUACUUCUAACGGUGACGGGAGGGGAUUAACGGCUCGGCGAUUCGGUUCCUCCGGUUCGGUUCAAUCAUUUCGAUUCAGGAUUUUGAGAAAACCGUGGCGACCUGUCCUGCUUUCUAUUCCUGAACAAUAAAGUGAUAAACCUUUCCUUUUUUGUUCUUUUUCUCUGUUUUAUUUUCUUUUUAGUUAAAGACUCUGUUUGAUUUUCUUACAAAGAUAUCAAACAUUUAUGACAUCUACGACCAAAAAGAAAAGGAGAUCUUACAGGUUUAAAUUGUCAUAUUUGAUUAUUUUCCAUGUCCGUUUUUUGAUUCUUACUGCGAAUAUAAAUAAUAU